AUGCAGCUCCACAGAUCUUUGGCACAAAUAUUGCCGGUUUCGCAGUUCGUAAUAUCUGACAAUUCGCAGGUUGAAAAGCGAGAUCUCGCCUACUCCGAGCCGCACUAUCCUUCGCCUUGGAUGAACCCUACUGCGCAAGGAUGGGAAGAUGCUUAUGCCAAAGCUAGAGAAUUCGUCUCCCAGCUUACACUAGCAGAGAAGGUCAAUCUAACAACCGGUGUCGGUUGGCAAGGGGAGCAAUGUGUUGGCCAAGUUGGUUCUAUUCCUAGACUGGGUUUCCGUAGUCUUUGUAUGCAAGACUCUCCGUUGGGCAUUCGUUUUGCGGACUAUGUCUCAGCUUUCACGUCUGGUCAAACUGUGGCGGCUUCGUUCGACAGAGACCUCAUCUAUCGACGAGGCAAGGCAAUGGGCGAAGAGAAUAAAAUUAAAGGCGUCGACGUACUUCUAGGGCCAGUAGCUGGACCUAUCGGGCGAGCGCCGGUAGGUGGACGUAACUGGGAAGGAUUUUCUCCCGACCCAUAUCUGACCGGCGUCGCAAUAGCCGAGACCGUCAAGGGAAUUCAAGAUGCCGGCGUGAUUGCUUGCGCUAAGCACUAUAUCGGUAACGAGCAAGAACAUUUUAGACAAGUCGGCGAGUCUCAGGACCGUGGAUACAACAUUACCGACACUCUGUCGUCAAACAUCGACGACAAGACAAUGCAUGAAUUGUAUUUAUGGCCAUUCGCGGACGCGAUCCGAGCCGGCGUCGGUUCUAUCAUGUGCGCGUACACGCAAAUCAAUAAUUCAUAUUCUUGUCAAAACUCCAAGGCGUUAAAUGGCCUCCUCAAAGGCGAAUUAGGAUUCCAGGGAUUUGUCAUGUCAGACUGGCAGGCGCAGCACUCUGGCGCGGCCAGUGCCGUAGCCGGGCUUGACAUGACGAUGCCCGGAGACACCCUCUUCAACUCCGGAUUCAGUUUCUGGGGCACUAAUCUUACUCUUGCGGUGCUAAAUGGAACAGUGCCACAGUACCGAGUUGACGAUAUGGCGAUGAGGAUCAUGGCGGCUUAUUUCAAGGUUGGCAGAACAUUAGAUCAGAUCCCAAUCAACUUUGAUUCGUGGACUCGGGAUACCUUCGGGCCUAUCCAUUACGCUGCCAACGAGGGUCAUCAGCAAAUCAACUGGCACGUAGACGCCCAAGAAGAUCACGGAGAUCUUAUCCGGGAGAUAGCUGCCAAGUCAACCGUGCUGCUCAAGAAUAACGGUGUUCUCCCGCUAAAGAAGCCCAAGUUUCUCGCCGUCAUCGGGGAGGAUGCCGGUCCUAACCCGUUAGGUCCGAACGGCUGCUCUGAUCGAGGCUGUAAUAAAGGAACUCUCGCAAUGGGAUGGGGUUCGGGAACCGCCGACUUCCCUUACCUCGUCACUCCCAUCGAUGCGUUGCAGGUACAAGCUCUCGAAGACCGUACUCGUAUCGAAGCUGUUUUGGAUAAUUCCGCGUCGACGACGAUUGAAACCUUGGUCAAGCAAGAAGGGGCUAUCGCCCUAGUAUUUGUCAAUGCUGAUUCCGGCGAAGGCUAUAUUAGUGUUGAUGGUAAUGAUGGGGAUCGUCGCAACUUAACACUUUGGGGCAACGGCGAUGAGCUUAUUAAAAACGUCUCAUCUUGGUGUAAUAAUACAGUGGUUGUUAUACACUCUGUUGGACCUACGCUCGUAUCGGACUGGUACGAUUCACCCAACGUUACUGCUAUCUUAUGGGCUGGUUUACCGGGUCAAGAAAGCGGCCGCUCGAUUGUAGACGUACUAUACGGAAAAGUCAAUCCUGCUGCCCGAACGCCCUUCACGUGGGCUAAAAGUCGAGAAGACUAUGGUGCUGACGUCCUAUAUGAGCCCAACAACGGCAACGGCGCACCGCAGCAAGACUAUACCGAGGGUGUAUUUAUCGACUAUCGGGCCUUGGAUCGUGCCAAGAUCGAUCCUAUCUUCGAGUUCGGAUUUGGAUUGUCGUACACGACGUUCGAGUAUUCGGAUAUCCAAGUCGAGAAGGCCAAUGUCGAGGAGUAUAAACCCACAACAGGGAAAGGUGCCGAAGCCCCAAUCUUCGGUAACUACUCAACAGAGCUUGAAGACUACCUCUUCCCAGAAUCCUCUUUCCCUUAUAUAUGGCAGUACAUUUAUCCGUACGUGAACACGACAUCAUCGCUCGAGGAUGCAUCCAUGGAUCCUGAAUUCGGAAAGACUGCAGAACAGUUCCUGCCUCCGGGAGCGCUAGAGUCUACCGCACAAGACCUCGACCCUGCCGGACCAGGACUUACGGAUCAGCCAGGUGGUAACACCGGAUUAUUCGAUGUCUUGUAUACGGUAACCGCUAAAAUUACCAACACUGGCGAUGUGGUGGGCGACGAGAUCCCGCAGCUCUAUGUUUCCCUUGGUGGAGAGGAUGAUCCGUCAGUAGUCCUCCGCGGCUUUGAUCGGAUUCAAAUUGACCCAGGCUGCACCGAGGUUUUUACGGCAACCUUAACACGACGUGAUGUUAGCAACUGGGAUGUUGAAUCUCAGAACUGGGUCAUUACUAGCUCUGCCAAGACCGUGUUCGUCGGUCCCAGCAGUCGCAAGUUGCCCUUAAGCGCCCCGCUAUCAUAG